AGCUGGCCGCCUGGCUAAGGCAUAGUUUCACUCCUUUCCGAGAACCUGGCCCAUUCUCUCCGCUUCGGUCAACAUGGAUUUCAGGGAAAUUCUCAUGAUAGCUUCCAAAGGACAGGGCGUCAACAACAUACCGAAAAGGUACAGGUUGGCAGUGGGUCCUUCCAAAAAAGACCCCAAAGUUAAGGGUGUCCAAUCAGCAGCUGUACAAGCUUUUCUCAGAAGAAAAGAAGAGGAGCUCAGACGAAAAGCCUUAGAAGAGAAAAGGAGAAAAGAAGAACUAGUGAAAAAGCGAAUUGAGCUAAAACAUGACAAGAAAGCAAGAGCUAUGGCCAAGAGGACAAAGGAUAAUUUCCACGGUUAUGAUGGGAUUCCUGUUGACGAAAAGGCGAAGAAGAGACAAGCAACGAAAAGCCAUGCUAGUCAGGGAACAGACCAAGAGUACGAGAUGGAAGAAGAGGAUGAAUUCCUAGAAUACAAUCAAGCAGCGUCAGAGUCGGAGUAUGAAGAAGAGCAGGAACCUCCCAAAGUUGAAAGCAAACCAAAGGUCCCCCUUAAAAGUGCCCCACCAGUCAUGAACUUCACUGAUCUACUCAGGCUGGCUGAGAAAAAGCAGUACAAACCAAUGGAAAUCAAAGUAGUGAAGAAAACAGAAGAGCGGCCUAUGACUGCUGAAGAACUUAAGGAGCGAGAAUUUCGUGAACGAAAGCAUAGGAAAAAGAAACCUGAGACAGAUGCAAGACUACCUCCAACCAAAAAGGUACCCUCUCAGAAAGAAAGUGUGGGCACAAAACUUAGCAAAGUUUCUGGGGACAAGCAUCCUCCUUCCAAGGGUACUCCCCCUCCUCAUGCUGAGAAGAAAUCCAGACCCAGCACAGCUAAUGAGAAACACUUAGGUUUGUUUUCAUCUAAAUCCAUGCCAGGAGAGAGGACCAAAAUAGGAUCUGGCGGUUGCUCCCAACCCUCGCUUCGUGAGGGCCACGACAGACCUGUUUUCACUGGGGCUAGAAAGACCCAUUCGAGUACCUAUUCACCAGGUGUCCCAAAGACUUCUGCUAAAGGGACUCAGAAAUCUGCUGCUGAGCACAAAGCCAAAAAAUCUCCGCAUCCUAGCCAUUCCAGGUCUGGGUCCACGGUCACUCCACAUAACAAGGCUAAGAGUGCAGGUGUCAGGCCGCCAGGUGGCAGCUCCAGCUCAGCCCCUGGAAGGCCCAGCACAGGGACUGCUCAGCCUACAGUUACUUCUGGCCCCGUUUCCAGGCGCCAGAAUGGCAGCUCCAGCUCAGGACCUGAGCGAUCGGUCAGUGGAAUGAAGAGGUCAACUAGUGACUUCAGUCCUCUGGACGGACAGCAGAGUCCUUCUGGACGGACAGUCAGUGGUACAAAUGGCCCUGGACGACCUGCAGGCAGCUCAAGUGGCCCUGGGCCUGGGCGACCCAUCAGUGGCUCAGGUGGUUCUGGGAGAUUGGUGGGCAGCUCUGGCGGCCCUGGGUGGCCGGUGAACAGUCCACAUGACCUUCGACGACCAGUGAGUGGCUCAGGACCCCCUGGGAGGUCAAUCAUUGGCCCUGGUCGGUCAGUAAGUGGCUCAGUUCCAGCUGGACGAACUGUCAGUAAUUCCGGUCCUGGAAGACCAGUGAGCAGCUUGGGACCUGGACGAACAGUUAGUAGUUCAGGCACAUCCCUGAAGCCCAAGUGCACUGUUGUCUCAGAAACAAUUUCUUCCAAGAAUAUCAUUAGCCAGUCCAGCAAUGGACAGAUGAAUGGAAUGAAGCCUCCCUUAUCUGGCUACAGAUCUGCCCAAGGUCCUCAAAGGCUUUUCUUCCCUAGAGGUUACAAAAGGCAGCGAGAGUAUGAAGAGGAGGAUGAUGAAGAGUAUGACUCUGAAAUGGAAGAUUUUAUUGAAGAUGAAGGAGAACCUCAGGAAGAAAUAUCCAAGCACAUUCGAGAAAUCUUUGGCUAUGACCGAAAAAAAUACACAGAUGAAAGUGAUUAUGCCUUACGUUACAUGGAGAGUAGUUGGAAAGAGCAGCAGAAGGAAGAAGCAAAGAGUUUAAGACUAGGUAUGCAAGAGGACUUAGAGGAAAUGAGACGUGAAGAAGAAGAAAUGAAACGCCAAAAGACCAAGAAACUGAAGAGGCGUUAGCUGCUGCUUUUAGUUUUGUGAAGUUCUGGAGAUACCCCGCUGCAAGGAAGAAGGAGCAGAAGAAGCCCCCUUAUCAUUUUAGAUUU